AUGGCCUCUAGCAUCCUCGAGACGGGGAGCACAAGGCUCAUUCGGGACACAGCUGUCAACCAGCUUGCCGACUGGCAAAAGCAACACCCCGAUGAGCUAUUCAAUCUCCUCUCACGGGUCAUCCCGUAUCUCCGCUUCAAAGACUGGGAGACGAGACAGACGGCAGCCAAAGCGAUUGGUAAAAUCCUAGAAAAUGCCCCUCUCUACGAUCCCAACGCGGGAGAUGCGCCGAAUGAGCCUAAAAAGGAAGAGACCUCACCCGAAAACGGCACAAUCAAGAAAGAGGAGGAUACUAGGGCGUCUUCCAUUCUUUCCGAUGACGACGUCUUCAGGUUCGAGACGCUUGAUGUCGACAACAUCCUCAAGUUCGGACGACCGCUCCUACGGGGUGGUGGCAUCGAGUACAAUCUUGCCUCCCUCGACCCUCAAGCCCGUCUAGCAUACCAGAAGAAAACGCUUCUGGGUCGGUUGGGCUUACUCGGGAGAAGAUUUGAGGAUGAAGAAAUCAUUGUAGGAGAUGGAGUCCCAAAGACACCACUUGAUGCACCUAAUGGCGGCGGCAUGAUCAAAUCCGAGAACCCACAGUCCCAGGGUCUACCGACGGAAGAGUCUCAACUGAGCUCGAGGCAGCUCAAUGUUUUGAAGCGUAAACGGAAGAAGGAGGCGAUGAAAGCGCAGGGGAAAGGCGGUUUCGGAGAUCUCUCAUUGCGACGAACGACGACUGCUGGAUCCGAAGGAUUCGGCGACGACUCUCCCAUGGAGCCUGACUCUAAGAAGAACGGAAAAGUGAACGACUACUUCAACCUCGAUCGUCCCGCCGACAUUGACGAAGACGCGAAAGUCGUCAGUGAAUUCAAAGGGCAGGUCAUGCCGAUCGGCUCCGAGCUCGAAGCUGAGGAGUCCCUAGAAGGCGCUGAGUGGCCAUUUGAGCGACUCUGCGACUUCCUCAAGGUCGAUCUCUUUGAUUCUGCGUGGGAAACGCGACACGGAGCCGCCAUGGGACUGCGAGAGGUCCUCCGAGUCCACGGCGGCGGCGCCGGCAGAGUUCGGGGCAAGUCAGUCGAGGAAAACAAUGAGCUCAAUCGCGUAUGGCUCAACGAUGUUGCCUGCAGACUCUGCUGCGUCCUGAUGCUGGACCGCUUUACCGACUACAGCUCUGACACGUCCGUUGCGCCAAUCAGAGAGACCAUUGGCCAGACUCUUGGUGCCGUCCUCAAGCAUGUGCCACCUAGCUCCGUCUACGACAUCUACAGAGUCCUGUACCGAAUGGUCAUGCAUGAAGAUUUUCAGCUUGACCAACCGAUUUGGGCCGUCUGUCAUGGCGGCAUGAUCGGGCUGAGAUACGUCGUUGCAGUCAGAAAGGACCUCUUGCUUCAGGACGGAGACAUAAUUGAUGGAGUCAUCAAGGCGGUAAUGAAGGGCCUGGCGGACCGUGACGACGACGUUCGCUCUGUCAGUGCGGCCACUUUGAUACCAAUGGCACAAGAAUUCGUCACGAUGCGGCCACAAGCCCUCGAUGGCCUCACCAACAUCGUGUGGGAGAGCCUGUCCAACCUGGGUGAUGAUUUGAGCGCCAGCACAGGCCGUAUCAUGGAUCUUCUCGCUACGCUCUGCAGCUUCCCCCAAGUUCUCGAAUCCAUGAAGACGUCUGCUGCCGAAGACGAAGAGCGAUCCUUCACUCUACUGGUUCCCCGCCUCUAUCCGUUUUUGCGACACACCAUCACUUCUGUCCGCCUUGCUGUACUGAAAGCUCUUUUGACUUUCGCGAACCUUGGUGAUGAGACAUCCCAGGGCUGGCUCAAUGGCAGAAUUCUCCGCCUCAUCUUCCAGAACGUCCUUGUUGAACGGGAUAAGGAAACGCUUGACAUGUCGUUGGAGCUGUGGGCUGCCUUGGUCCGCUCAUUGGCCAAGAAUCCCGCCGUCCUCGCCGACGAAUUCGCUCCUCACAUUGACCCCUUGAUGAAGCUGACUCUGCACCCGAUUGGCGUGUCCCGGCAUCCGAUCCCCAUGCACGCCGGCCUUUUCCAGAAGCCAUCGGGGGGCACCUACUCGGCCCCAGGCCCAGCACCGUCUGGUAGGCGACUUUCCUCGCCCGAGGGCGCUGAGAGGCCGGUGAAGCGCCGUCGGAAAUCCACCAAGGUCGAGGAGGUCACCCCGGCCAACUUGACGCACGACGUCGACGGCCACAUGAUGCAAGGCGACGUUGAUCUGGUUGGCCUAGACAUCCUGAUUCGGUCAAGAGUCUCGGCUGCCAAAGCCAUGGGCCUCAUCAUGUCUUUGGUGCCGUCAGCGAACCUCGAUGACUACGACGCCCUACUUGUUCCUGGCCUUACCUCCGCUUUCUCCUCUACGCAGCUGACCGCCUGUCUUGUCAUCGACGAGUUUGCGAGGAACUGCCAAAACGCCGAGGAUCCCGCCCGCUACCUGGAGCACCUGCAGCGGAUCGUAGAGUCAGAGCGGCCUUCGGCUUACAGGGACCUGGUGACAUUUGUCCAGAGAGCCAGGAGUCAAUGCCAACAGUUGCUUCACCUGUUCCGAGACCAUGGGAAGGUCUCUCAUAGCAAGUUGCCUACCCUUCCUGUCGUGGUUCAGGGUGAGGCCGAAGCCGGCCCCAGUGCCUUUUCUAUUGCCACCGCUGAAAAGUGUGUGGGCGAGGAUUUCGAAAGGUUGCGAAAGAUUAUGCCUCCCGGUCAAAAGUUGAUCGCUGGCCAGCAGCUGGAUGAGGCCCGGGAAGAUACAUUAUCGGCUAUCCGGGAGGCCAAGGCAUUCAAGGAGGCCCGCGACGUCCGGAUCAAGGCAGGCGCUGCUUGUGCCAUGGUCGCAAUGAAGCUGUUGCCGAAGAAGCCCAGCCCCCUCAUCAAGAGCAUUAUGGAUUCUAUCAAGACCGAAGAAAACCAUCUACUUCAGAGCCGCUCGGCGGAAACCAUUGCAAAGCUUGUGCAGCUCUUUACGGAGAAGGGAAGGCGUAAUCCCGCAGAAAAAGUGGUUGCCAACCUGGUCAAGUUCUCCUGCGUCGAGGUGGCAGAAACUCCCGAGUUCCCCGUCCACGCCAGCAAGACCAACUGCAUCCUCUCCAUGCAAAAGGAAGAGGAUCGUGUCGACCAUCCAGACGCCGCCAAGUGGGCAAGGGAAGCCAAGGCCGCUCGAAUCACUCGCAGGGGAGCCAAGGAAGCUCUGGAGAUACUGUCCAAGACUUACGGCGCAGCCUUGUUCGAGGCCGUGCCAAGCUUGCAGGGCUUCAUGCGGGAUGCCCUUGUCAAGGCCUUUUCAGGGGACCUGCCCGCGGAAGCUCGGGACCCUGAGCAGACGUUUGGCCAGGAGAUUGUCGACGCCUUGUCGCUCAUUCGGACGAUGACGCCCACCCUGCACAAGGACCUUCAUCCGUUUGUCAUGGAGAUGAUGCUUCUUGUCAUCAAGGCUCUGCAAUCCGAUCUCUCGGUUUUCCGCUACAUGGCCGCCAAGUGCCUGGCCACCAUCUGCAGUGUCAUCACGGUGGAGGGAAUGACGGCGCUCGUAGAAAAGGUCCUACCGUCAAUUUCCAACCCGCUUGACCUCAAGGUCCGCCAGGGAGUCAUCGAGGCCAUCUAUCAUCUCAUUGCCGUCAUGGGAGACGCGAUUCUUCCAUACGUCAUCUUCCUGAUUGUGCCCGUCCUUGGCCGAAUGAGCGAUUCUGACAAUGAGAUUCGUCUCAUCGCUACCACGUCUUUCGCCACGCUUGUCAAGCUGGUCCCUCUGGAGGCCGGCAUUCCCGACCCCCCCGGCUUGUCCGAAGAGCUGCUGAAGGGACGGGAUCGAGAACGGACGUUUAUUGCUCAGCUCCUCGAUCCAAAGAAGGUUGAGCCGUUCCAGAUCCCUGUGGCAAUCAAGGCGGAACUUCGAUCAUACCAGCAAGAAGGCGUUAACUGGCUGCAUUUUCUCAACAAGUACCACCUCCACGGCAUUCUCUGCGACGACAUGGGACUCGGAAAGACGCUGCAGACCAUCUGCAUCGUUGCUAGUGAUCAUCACCAACGACAAGAGGAGUUCGCCAAAACGCAGGCCCCCGACGUGAGACGGCUGCCAUCUCUAAUUGUAUGCCCCCCGACACUGUCGGGACACUGGCAGCAGGAGAUCAAAACUUAUGCUCCUUUCCUCAGCGUCACUGCAUACGUUGGGCCGCCAGCUGAGCGUAAAGCCAUGAAGGAUAAACUCGGCGAUACCGACAUCGUUAUUACAUCGUAUGACGUGACGAGGAACGACUCGGAUGUGCUCGAGAAACACAGCUGGAACUACGUUGUGCUGGACGAGGGUCACUUGAUCAAGAAUCCCAAGGCCAAGAUUACUCAGGCCGUGAAGAGACUGACAAGCAACCACCGACUUAUCCUCACGGGUACGCCGAUCCAGAACAAUGUGUUGGAGCUCUGGUCUUUAUUCGACUUCCUCAUGCCUGGAUUCCUCGGAGCCGAGAAGGUGUUCCUGGACCGAUUUGCGAAGCCCAUCGCGGCCAGCCGAUACAGCAAGGCAUCAUCAAAAGAGCAGGAGGCCGGAGCCCUGGCCAUCGAGGCGCUUCACAAACAGGUCCUCCCAUUCUUGCUCCGCCGUCUCAAGGAAGAAGUCCUCAACGACCUCCCGCCCAAGAUUUUGCAAAACUACUACUGCGACCUCAGCGACCUGCAGAAGAAGCUGUUUGAGGACUUCACCAAGAAGCAAGGCAAGAAAAUACAGGCUGAAGCUGGCAGGGACGACAAGGAGGCCAAACAGCACAUCUUCCAGGCUCUGCAAUACAUGAGAAAGCUGUGCAACUCGCCCGCCAUGGUUAUGAAGCAGGGAAGCGACGUCUACAACGAGACGCAGAAGAUUCUCCAGAAGCAGGGAACAAGCAUUGAGGAUCCUGUGCAUGCCCCCAAGCUCACUGCUCUCAAGGACCUCCUGAUUGAUUGCGGCAUCGGUGACGACAAGGACGACUCCAACGACCCGCUCUACCAGCCGAUCAAGCCGCACCGUGCCCUCAUCUUUUGCCAGAUGAAAGAAAUGUUGGACAUGGUUCAGAAUAAGGUGCUCAAGGAAAUGCUGCCAUCUGUUUCCUACCUGCGGCUGGACGGAUCGGUUGAAGCGAACAAGCGACAGGACAUUGUCAACAAGUUCAACAGCGACCCCUCGUACGACGUGCUUUUGUUGACCACCAGCGUCGGCGGUCUUGGCCUCAAUCUUACGGGUGCCGAUACUGUCAUCUUUGUAGAGCACGAUUGGAACCCGCAAAAGGACCUGCAGGCCAUGGACCGCGCCCACCGAAUCGGCCAGAAGAAGGUGGUCAACGUUUACCGUCUCAUCACUCGCGGCACGUUGGAGGAGAAGAUCCUCAGCCUUCAGCGGUUCAAGAUCGAUGUCGCGUCUACGGUAGUCAACCAACAGAACGCCGGCUUGGCGACAAUGGAUACCGACCAAAUACUCGACUUGUUCAACUUGGGCGACUCGGGACCAAGCCUAAUAUCUGACAAGCCGCAAAAUGGCAUCGACGGGAGGGAGGAGGACAUGGUUGAUCUCGAGACCGGGGACGUAUUGCGGCAGCCGAGCAUAACCUAG